AUGAUUGGGGUCCAAAUGGUUACGCUCAAGGUUGCGCUGGAUAAUCGGCCGGCUCCCGGUGUGAAAAACAGCCUCGAGCACGUUCCGUUCAGCAGUGUCAGUAAUGGCGGCAGACUUACUCGACCCUAUGACUUUUGGCAGUGGAAGAGUGCAAAGCCAUAUUGGAUGUUUUUGGCUUAUUUCAUUGCUGCGCUCUCAUUUAUUCAGAUCUGCCUACCUCCAAUUGCUCAGUCCGAGUUCUACAUUAACUGCCUCGGAUAUAUCGGUUUAGCUGUGGAGGCCACCCUGCCUCUGCCUCAAAUCAUUGCUAACCAUCAGUCACGCUCAUGCAAAGGAUUCCGCUUGUCGGUUGUAGCCGCAUGGAUUCUUGGUGAUCUGAUGAAACUGAGUUACUUCUUCUGCAGUCAGGAGGUAAUUCCCUGGGCUUUCCGCCUAUGCGCAUUGUUCCAGUGCGUCUGUGAUUUGUACCUCGGGGUACAAUUUUGGAUGUAUUCCAAAGCCUCAUUUAGUGCUGCUGGCAGCCCUAGGGAGCCCAGUGGAAACUGGACUGUUGAGGAGAAAGACAUCCGGAUGACUUGA